AUUUUCAUCCCCAAUUCAUUUCUUUCUUUCUUUACUAAAGUCACACUCUCUGACUUCUUGUUGUUCUGAUACCAAAAACUCCGACGAUCACCACCACCAGCAGCCACCGGAUCUCCGUCGCAGCAACCUUCAUUAGAAAGGCUGGAAGAAGAGACACUAAGUUACAGAAAAACAGUUUUAAAGAUAAGAGAGAAGAAUGCUCCAGUGGCUAAAUACAGGCCGCGAAGGUGGGGUUCAGUCAGGUGGCAGAUAGUGUUGAAAUGGGGCGAUUAAAGCUGCAACCUGGAAUCAAGGCAAUCGAAGAAGAACCAGAAGAGUAUGAGAACACCAUCUCUGAGAAGGAUAAAGCUGCUUUGGGAUGCAUGAUCAACUCCGAAAUUGGUGCCGUGUUAGCUGUCAUGAGAAGGAAUGUGAGAUGGGGAGGUCGUUACAUGUCAGGUGACGAUCAGCUGGAGCACACCCUCAUCCAGUCUCUGAAGGCACUACGGAGACAAAUACUUUCAUGGCAGCAUCCAUGGCAUACUAUCAAUCCAUCUGUUUAUCUACAGCCAUUUUUGGAUGUGAUUCGAUCUGAUGAAACAGGUGCACCGAUCACAGGCGUCGCUUUGUCGUCUCUCUAUAAGAUCUUGUCCCUUGACGUCCUCGAUCUGAACACUGUCAAUGUUGAAGAUGCCAUGCACUUGGUAGUUGAUGCUGUAACAAGCUGCAGAUUUGAAGUCACUGAUCCAGCAUCUGAAGAAGUAGUCCUCAUGAAGAUCCUUCAAGUUCUACUUGCUUGCAUGAAAAGCAAAGCAUCGGUUAUGCUUAGUAAUCAACACGUUUGUACCAUUGUGAACACCUGUUUCCGUGUAGUUCAUCAAGCCGGAACGAAAGGUGAGUUGCUACAGAGAAUGGCUCGCCAUACUAUGCAUGAACUUGUGAGGUGUAUUUUUUCACAUCUUCCUGAUGUUGCCAAACAAGAGGUCAAUGGGUUGACUGGCAGUGAUUACACUUUCGCGGGUAAACAUUUGGAAAAUGGUAACGGUGGUUCUGAACUCGACUCUGAUCCAUCUUCUGCUAAUUUUGUGUCAAACAUAGCCCCAAUGGAUGAAAAUAUAGUGGUCCCCGGUAAUGGAAAGGAUACAGUUUCGUAUGAUUUGAAUUUGAUGACGGAACCAUACGGGGUGCCUUGCAUGGUGGAAAUCUUUCAUUUCUUAUGUUCAUUGCUAAAUGUUGUUGAACAUAUGGCAUUAGGUCCAAGAGCAAACACCAUAGCAUUUGAUGAAGAUGUGCCCCUUUUUGCUUUAGGUUUGAUCAAUUCAGCGAUCGAAUUGGGUGGCACUGCCAUACGUCGGCACCCGAGAUUAUUAAGUUUGGUGCAAGACGAGCUGUUCCGUAAUUUAAUGCAAUUUGGGUUGUCUACAAGCCCGCUAAUCCUUUCAAUGAUAUGCAGCAUUGUGUUAAAUCUAUACCAUCACUUGCGUACUGAACUCAAACUACAACUCGAAGCUUUCUUUUCAUGUGUAAUUUUAAGGCUUGCACAAAGUAGAUAUGGGGCUUCUUAUCAACAGCAAGAGGUUGCUAUGGAGGCUCUUGUUGACUUUUGUAGACUGAAAUCUUUCAUGGUGGAAAUGUAUGCCAAUCUAGAUUGUGAUAUAACAUGCAGCAACAUAUUUGAAGACCUUGCUAGUUUGUUGUCUAAAAGUGCAUUCCCAGUAAACUGCCCGUUGUCAGCAAUGCAUAUUCUUGCCUUAGAUGGCUUAAUUGCAGUGAUUCAGGGAAUGGCUGAGAGAAUAAGCAAUGCACCUAUUAGUACCGAAUUAGCCCCCGUUAAUCUUGAAGAGUAUACACCUUUUUGGAUGGUUAAAUGUGACAACUAUAGUGAUCCUGAUCAGUGGGUUCCAUUUGUUCGCAGGCGAAAAUACAUCAAAAAGAGGUUAAUGAUUGGAGCUGAUCAUUUUAAUAGAGAUCCUAAGAAAGGGCUCGAGUUUCUUCAAGGAACACAUCUUUUACCUGAUAAACUCGACCCACAGAGUGUUGCUUGCUUCUUCAGGUAUACUGCUGGCUUAGAUAAGAAUCUUGUUGGGGAUUUUUUGGGUAAUCAUGAUGAGUUUUGUGUUCAAGUUCUUCAUGAAUUUGCUGGAACUUUUGAUUUUCAAGAUAUGAACCUGGAUACUGCAUUACGACUUUUUUUAGAGACAUUUAGGCUGCCAGGAGAAUCACAAAAGAUACAGAGAGUUCUAGAAGCAUUCUCUGAGAGAUACUACGAGCAAUCACCCCAGAUUCUAGCUAACAAAGAUGCCGCCCUUUUGUUGUCGUAUUCUUUAAUUAUGCUCAAUACGGAUCAGCAUAAUGUGCAAGUUAAGAAAAAGAUGACUGAAGAAGAUUUCAUCAGAAAUAACCGACACAUCAAUGGUGGAAAUGAUCUCCCUCGAGAAUUCUUGUGUGAGCUCUAUGAUUCAAUUUGCAAAAACGAAAUACGUACAAUUCCUGAUCAAAGCGCUGCUUUUCCUGAAAUGAAUCCUAGUCGUUGGAUUGAUUUGAUGCACAAGUCUAAGAAGACUGCACCGUUCAUUGUGUCAGAUCAAAGGAGCCACCUUGAUCGUGAUAUGUUUGCUGUGAUGUCUGGCCCAACUAUUGCUGCCAUUUCUGUGGUGUUUGAUCAUGCAGAGCUGGAAGAUGUGUUUACAACCUGUAUAGACGGGUUCUCAGCUGUUGCAAAAAUUUCAGCGUGCCAUCAUCUUGAAGAUGUUCUAGAUGAUCUGGUUGUUUCACUAUGCAAGUUCACCACCCUUUUGAACCCUUCAUCUGGUGAGGAACUAGUUCUAGCAUUUGGCGAUGAUGCAAAAGCCAGAAUGGCGACUAUAACGGUUUUUACCAUCGCCAAUAGGUACGGUGACUUUAUUCGAGCGGGCUGGAGGAACAUUCUUGAUUGUAUCUUGAAGCUGAACAAGCUUGGUCUUCUUCCAGCUCGUGUUGCUAGUGAUGCAGCUGAUGAUUCUGAGCUUUCUUCUGAACCUGGACAAGGGAAGCCAUUAACAAGUUCUUUAUCCUCUACUCACAUGCCACCUGUCGGUACUCCAAGGAGGUCUUCUGGGCUAAUGGGCCGCUUCAGUCAACUCUUAUCUCUUGAUACAGAGGAACCAAGGCUGCAACCCACCGAGCAACAGCUUGCUGCACAUCAGCGCACUCUUCAAACAGUUCAAAAGUGCCACGUUGAUAUUAUUUUCACAGAGAGCAAAUUUCUUCAAGCUGAUUCUUUGUUACACCUUGCCCGGGCCCUAAUUUGGGCUGCGGGCCGCCCUCAAAAGGGUAAUAGUUCUCCUGAAGAGGAAGAUACUGCUGUUUUCUGCUUAGAAUUGUUAAUUGCAAUCACAUUAAAUAAUAGGGAUAGAAUCGUAAUUCUAUGGCAAGGUGUUUAUGAACACAUAGCCAAUAUCGUCCAGUCAACUGUUACGCCAUGUGCUCUAGUUGAGAAGGCUGUGUUUGGACUUCUCAGAAUCUGUCAACGCCUUCUUCCUUACAAAGAGAAUCUGGCAGAUGAUCUUUUAAGGUCACUUCAGCUUGUAUUGAAACUUGAUGCCAGGGUGGCAGAUCAAUAUUGUGAGCAAAUAACACAGGAAGUGAGCCGGUUAGUGAAAGCAAAUGCUUCUCACAUUCGUUCACAAAUGGGUUGGAGAACAAUCACAUCUUUACUUUCCAUCACGGCCAGACAUCCAGAAGCUUCUGAAGUGGGAUUCGACGCUCUUUUGUUCAUCAUGUCUGAUGGGAUUAACUUAAUACCUGCCAACUUCACCACAUGUGUGGAUGCGGCAAGGCAAUUUGCUGAGUCACGUGUUGCACAUGCUGACCGGUCUGUUCGUGCACUUGAUCUUAUGUCACAGUCCAUCAGUUGCUUAACUCAGUGGGCCUUAGAGGCCCGAGAAGCAAUGGGAGAGUUAGAAGCUGCAAAAACAUGCCAAGAUAUAGGAGAGAUGUGGCUCAAACUUGUGCAGGGCUUGAGAAAAGUUUGUUUGGAUCAGAGAGAAGAUGUGAGAAACCACGCUCUUUUAUCACUACAAAUGUGUUUGACUGGGAUUGACCAGGUCAACAUCCAGCCUGGGCUCUGGUUACAGUGUUUUGAUAUGGUUAUAUUUACAGUUCUUGAUGACUUGCUAGAAAUCUCACAAGGACACUCUCAAAAAGACUUCAGAAACAUGGAAGGAACCCUUCUUCUGGCUCUAAAACUACUUGUAAAAGUGUUUUUACAGCUGCUUCCAGAACUCUCACAGGUAACUACGUUUUGUAAACUGUGGCUCGGUGUUCUUAGUCGGAUGGAAAAAUACUUGAAAGUCAAAGUCAGAGGUAAGAAAAACGAUAAGCUUCAAGAAUUAGUUCCAGAGCUGUUGAAGAACACUCUUCUUGUCAUGAAAAAUAAGGGCAUAUUGGUACAAAGAAGCGCCCUUGGCGGGGAUAGUUUAUGGGAACUCACAUGGCUUCAUGUGAAUAACAUUGCUCCAUCUAUUCAAUCCCAAGUUUUCCCAGAUCAAGAUUCUGAACAAAAACCUGUUUUUGGUGAAAAUGAAUCGGGCCGUCAAGAAGCGAGUUGAUCAGGGUUGUACAGUAAACAGAAUUCUGAAGUGAUUGUUACUGGGUCAUUCGCAACUUUAUAAUCGGAGAUCCUCCAUUUGUAGCAUUGGAGUGAAGUACAACUAACAAGGAACGUCUUCAUGAUGGUUUGUAACUUCAAUGUUCUUAUUGGAUACUGAUCUCCGAGUAUAGUCCAUUUCACUUUGAAAACUAGCAAUUCAUCUUAGUUUGUGUAUGUGCACUUCCUUUUAGUUUGCCUCCAGGUUUUCGGGUUUGAGUGAAACUAUAGAGGCUUAUAAAAUGAGAAAACUAACAUUGAGGUUUGUGCUUUUGUGGUGUAAUAUAGUUAAGGUUUAGCAUGGCGCAUUAUCUAGCACCUUGAUUGAUACUCAAUUAGUGAAGGAUUGAAACCAUUUACUUACCAGAAGACGAAAAAGGAAAUCGAGGUUGAAGUCAUGGUGUUUAUGCUAUUUCAUCAGUCCCAGCUGUAAAGACUGUAGUCUGCUUUACCAUGUGAAAACGGUGUUUUGCCGCAACAUCUCGGAUUACUGAAAUUUAGCAUUUUUUAGAACAUAUUAUUCUGUAUUAUUUACUGUUUCUCAAGUGAGCGGCAGAUUAUAACUUUAGUCCAUUCUAUUGAGGUUUAGGGAAGGUGAAAAAAACAAAACAAGAUUGGCAGUACAACACUAUUAGCCGCUUUUGCAAACUAACACAAGUGGAGAUUUACAUAUAAA